GAUUUUUCCCUAAACCCCCUAUUUUGCUUAUUGAGACUUCUGUUCCUGAGCUGGUUGCGGAGAAGCAAUGGAGCCCGAAUUUGGAGAGUAUCGCCUGAGCUGCGAACUGCGGGGUCACGAAGACGAUGUUCGUGGAAUCUGUGUAUGUGGUGAUGCCGGGAUAGCGACAUCCUCAAGAGACAGAACUGUCAGGUUCUGGUCCCUGGACCCAGAAAAGAAGCACAAUUACAUGAUGUCAAAAAUUAUGUUGGGCCAUUCUAGUUUUGUGGGUCCAUUGGCUUGGAUUGCACCUAGUGAAAGUUUUCCAGAAGGUGGGCUUGUGUCUGGCGGAAUGGACACUCUUGUUUUGCUGUGGGAUUUGAAAACAGCAGAGAAAGUACAAAUAAUGAAGGGCCAUCAACUACAGGUCACUGGUCUCACUAUAGAUGAUAACGGGGACAUUGUGUCAUCGUCGGUUGACUGUACUAUAAGACGAUGGAGGAACGGCCAAUCCAUUGAGUUUUGGGAGGCACACAAAGCUGCAAUACAAGCGGUCACAAAGCUACCCUCAGGCGAGCUUAUUACAGGUUCAAGUGACACAACUUUGAAGCUUUGGAGAGGGAAGACUUGUCUGCACACUUUUGUCGGGCACACAGAUACCGUUCGAGGUUUAGCUGUGAUGCCUGGUUUAGGAAUUCUUUCGGCAUCACAUGAUGGUUUGAUCAGGUUGUGGGCAAUUACAGGUGAGGUUUUGAUGGAGAUGGUUGGUCAUACUUCAAUUGUCUAUUCUGUGGAUGCGCAUGUUUCUGGGCUUAUUGUUAGUGGCAGUGAAGAUUGUUUUGCCAAGAUAUGGAAAGAUGGAAUUUGUGUUCAAAGUAUUGAGCACCCUGGUUGCAUCUGGGAUGUGAAAUUUUUGAAAAAUGGAGACAUUGUGACGGCGUGUUCUGAUGGAGUUGUACGGAUUUGGACAGUACAUAAAGAUAGGACUGCCGAUUCUGUAGGGCUUGAGGCAUAUGCUUCCCAACUUUCACAGUACAAGUUUAGCAGGAAAAGGGUUGGUGGAUUGAAAUUGGAAGAGUUACCUGGUCUAGAGGCUUUGCAAGUUCCAGGGACCAAUGAUGGGCAAACAAAAGUUGUGAGAGAAGGGGACAAUGGAGUGGCUUACUCAUGGAAUUUGACAGAACAGAAGUGGGACAAAAUAGGUGAAGUUGUUGAUGGACCUGAAGAUAGCAAUAGCAUGAAAUCCGCAGUUCUUGAUGGGGUUCAGUAUGAUUAUGUGUUUGAUGUUGACAUUGGAGAUGGUGAGCCUAUACGUAAAUUGCCUUACAACAGAUCAGAUAACCCUUAUGCAACGGCUGACAAGUGGCUUCUCAAGGAGAGUCUUCCACUUUCUUAUCGUCAACAAAUUGUAGAGUUUAUUCUGCAGAAUACUGGGCAGAUGGACUUUACACUUGACACAUCUUUCCGUGAUCCUUUCACUGGCUCUUCUGCUUAUAUACCUGGAGGGCCAUCCAUUACUUCUGGUGCUUCAGCAAAGCCUAUUCUUAAACAUAUUCCCAAGAAAGGAAUGCUUUUCUUUGACGCAGCCCAGUUUGAUGGGAUUCUGAAAAAGAUUUCUGAGUUCAACAAUGUUCUAAUGUCAGACCCGGGGCAAAAUUCAUUGUCACUAAAUGAGCUUCAGCUCUCAAGGCUGACUUCGGUUGUUAAGAUAUUAAAGGACACAUCACACUAUCAUUGUAGUAAAUUUGCUGAUGCUGACAUUGCUUUGCUGCUGAAGUUAUUGAAGUCAUGGCCAGUUGCGCUGAUGUUUCCAGCGAUUGAUAUUUUAAGAAUGAUCAUCCUGCAUCCUGAUGGCGCAAAUUUACUUUUUAUGCAUACAAAAGACCAAAAUGAUGUGUUGAUAGAGAUUAUUAAGAAAGUUGCUGUGACUCCUGCACUGCCUGCAAAUAUUUUGACCACCAUCCGUGCUGUGACAAAUCUCUUUAAGCAUUCCUACUUUUAUCCAUUGUUACAAAUCCAUCGCAGUGAGGUUCUUGAUGCAUUUUCAAGCUGCUGUUCAUCUUCCAACAAGAAUAUUCAAGUGUCUUAUUCCACUUUGGUGCUCAAUUAUGCUGUGCUUUUGAUUGAGAAAAAGGACCAAGAAGGCCAAUCUCAUGUUCUUUCAGCUGCCUUUGAAAUUGCAGAAGAGGGAAAUCAAGAUGUUGACUCAAAAUUCCGUGCUCUCGUAGCCAUCGGAUCACUGAUGCUCGAGGAUUCCAUGAAAAGAAUAGCAAUGGACUUUGAUGUUCAAAGCAUUGCUAAAAUAGCAAAAGAUUCGAAGGAGGCAAAGAUUGCCGAAAUUGGAGCAGAUAUUGAACUCUUACUGAAACAGAGUUAAAACUGCCCAGCAUUUCCCAGGUCAGGAGCACUGCGGCAUAGGCAGCAUGAGUGGGGACUGAAGAUUACAGGUCUGGGUUCCUGACCUGGCUACCCCUUGAAAUAGGCUAUUCUUUGAUAUACAUGCUACAUGCAUAUGGUCAUAUAUUUUUAUUGAUUGGACAACCCACUGAAUGACCUCAUGUAAGCUUUCUGA